GCAACAUUACGGAUCAUUGUGGAGAAGUCAGUUGAAAGAAACUCAGCACUCUACAUCAAGCCCAUUGACUACGAGAAAAUAUUCGAUACCGUGGACAGGACAACACUAUCGAGGCUUCUUCGGCACAGACUCAUACGGAAAUCUUAUGUUGGACUAAACUAUGAAAUCGUGGACAGAAGAAAGCUGACCACAAUUUAAACAAAUGAGAGCUCUAGUACAAGCAAACCCAGAGUUGUUACCUCAGCUCAUCCAACAAACAGGUAACGAUAACGCAGAUCUGUUCAGGCUCAUUCAAGAAAAUGAACAAGCAUUUCUGGAAUUUAUUAAUACCCCAGUCACUGGCACUACACGACCUGGUAGUCAGCGUCAAACUGUCCUCACCAUGACCGCUGAAGAACGUGCUGCUGUGGAUCGUCUAAAAGCAUUAGGGUUCCCAGAAGAGUUGGUUAUUCAACAUCAUCCUACAAUACAGGCUAUAAUAGCUCUUACAACUGUUGAUCGAAACUGAUGUCCCAAUGGAACAAUGCUUGUAUCAUGUUUUUUUAAGAUCAAACACUGCACAUUGACUUCAAUUUAAUAGUAUUGGUAUAGAAUGGGGCAGUUCAGUGAUAACAAUAGCUUGACACACGGAAUCAUCGAAUAUUUUUAACUCUGGGACCAAUGCUCAAAAGCGUAAAGCAGAACUCCUCUGACAUUUUUCAUUGAAACCGUAAUAUUUUAUUUAGUGAGGAUGGUAAGCUAUGUGCUUUAACUGUACUACUUCAUACCUUGCUCCACUUCAUAAAAAGCCAAAUCACAAUUUUCGUGAACUUGAGAAUUUGCUGUUCGUAUUUUUGUAUCCGUAAAAUUGUCUUUUAAUAGGUCCUAUGAUUCACCGAAAUAAUAUCAGUAAGCUUUUGUCGUGUGUGUUGGCGGGUCUAUGAAGACGGGAUCUUGCAUCAUUAUAGUGUCUGAUUUAAUAUAUCGAGUGACCACUUCUGCCUGAAUUUAAAUACUAAUCUAUAACAUGCAGUGGCUAUUUGUACUAUAUGCUUUAACGAUCUCAGCAAAUGUCAGUCACUAACAACGUAAAAUCUGUCGCAGGUGUGUUUUGGUGGAAUUUAUUACAAUUUUCUUAAACACUGACAAAAACGUCAGUCACUCAAGGACAAUAGGUUGUUCUUCAUUAGCUGAGGAACAAAAGAUAGUAUUUAUUUGUUUAGUUUAGUAAUCAAGUUUGAAAAAGAAGCGUGGUACAUUUUUCGUUGAAUUUAGGAUUUCAUGGAUUCACUUUACACAGCAUGUGUGUAAAUUCCAUAAUUGAAUCAUGUGGACGACUUUAAAAUUGACUAAUUAUUUUUUAUAAAAAUCUUUUUUACAGAAUAUAGUGUAAUUAGACUUUCACCUACUUUUUCGUUGUAGGCGUAUUAUGCAUGCGAGAAAAAUGAGGAUGCAGCUGCGAAUUUCCUGCUUAGUGAAAGUUUAGAUGAUGAAAUGGUAUAAAGUUUAAUUUCUAGUUGGUGUCACUUACAUA